CCUGGCUUGCCAUUCUAGUCGGGACCUUUGCUUGCUUCCGACAUUGCGAUUUGCGAUUUUCAGUUUUUUAAAACGACAUUCUUAUAGCUCCGGGUUUGGCUGUGUGAGCCGCUCGUGGCCUGGUUUGCGCUCCUUUUUACAGGUCAAUCCCCGACACCGCACAGAGUCUCGACUCUCACACCCCACACAUCAUGAGAUUGGAUAUCAAGAGACAACUCUUCGCCCGGUCGGAGCGGGUGAAGGGUAUUGACUUCCACCCAACGGAACCAUGGAUCUUGACGAGUCUCUAUAGUGGCCAUGUCUACAUCUGGUCUUAUGAGACCCAGUCUAUCAUCAAAACUUUCGAACUCACGGACGUCCCUGUUCGCGCCGGUCGCUUUAUUGCCCGCAAGAACUGGAUCGUCUGCGGCUCCGAUGACUUCCAACUCCGUAUCUACAACUACAACACCUCCGAGAAGAUUGCCUCGUUCGAGGCCCAUCCCGACUACAUUCGCUCGAUUGCCGUCCACCCGACCCAACCCUUUGUCCUCACCGCCUCCGAUGACAUGACAAUCAAGCUGUGGGAUUGGGAGAAGGGCUGGAAGUGCGUUCAGGUGUACGAGGGUCACAGCCAUUAUGUUAUGGGCUUGUCGAUCAACCCCAAGGACACGAAUACGUUCGCAUCGGCGUGCUUGGACCGCACCGUGAAGAUCUGGAGCCUUGGCUCCCCGCAUGCCAAUUUCACGUUGGAGGCUCACGAGACCAAGGGCGUGAACCACGUCGAUUACUACCCGCAGGCGGACAAGCCCUACCUCCUCACCACCUCAGAUGACAGGACUGUCAAGGUAUGGGAUUAUACGACCAAGGCGCUCAUCGCGACACUGGAGGGGCACACCAGCAAUGUCUCCUUUGCCUGCUACCAUCCGGAACUGCCCGUUAUUAUCUCGGGUUCCGAGGAUGGAACUAUUAAGAUCUGGCACGCCAACACCUAUAGGCUGGAACAAUCGCUAAGCUAUGGCCUGGAGCGCGCUUGGUGUAUUGCCUAUCAGCGUGGCCGCCAGGGAGUUGCCAUGGGUUUCGACGAUGGUGCGGUGGUUGUGAAGAUGGGUAGAGAAGAACCUGCUGUCUCCAUGGACGGGUCAGGCAAGAUCGUCUGGGCCAGACAUAGCGAAGUGGUCUCGACAGUCAUUAAGGGGUCCGACCCUACCAUCAAGGAUGGGGCUCCCAUCUCCCUACCGACGAAGGAUCUGGGCUCUUGCGAAGUUUACCCGCAGACCUUGUCCCACUCUCCCAACGGGCGGUUCGUCUCUGUCUGCGGCGACGGUGAAUACAUCAUUUACACUGCUCUCGCUUGGCGGAAUAAGGCUUUCGGACAGGCCCUUGAUUUCGCGUGGGGCUCCAAGGAUAAUAGCAAUGACUAUGCCAUCCGCGAGUCCCCCACUAGCGUCAAGAUCUUCAAGAAUUUCAAGGAAGUUAGUGGUGGUCUCGACGUAGGAUUCCAAGCCGAAGGUCUCACCGACGGUGUCCUCCUCGGUGUGAAGGGACAAGGUGGAAUUGGGAUGUUCGACUGGGAGACUGGAAACCUGGUCCGCCGGAUUGAAGUUGAGCCCAAGGCUGUUUACUGGUCCGAGUCUGGGGAGCUGGUUACGCUCGCAUGCGAGGAAUCCUUCUAUGUCUUGCGAUUCUCGCGGGAGAACUAUGUCAAUGGCUUGAACGAGGGCGAAGCUGACGAGGACGGAGUCGAGUCGGCCUUCGAAGUGGUGACCGAUAUCAACGACUCUGUCAGAACUGGCGAGUGGGUUGGAGACUGCUUUAUCUAUACCAACUCGACGAACCGUCUGAACUACCUCGUGGGUGAUCAGACCUACACUAUCUCGCAUUUCGACCAGGGGAUGUACGUCCUUGGUUAUCUGCCUCGCGAUGGACGGAUCUAUCUCGCCGACAAGGACGUCAAUGUCGUUUCCUUCGGUCUCUCCCUCAGCAUGGUCGAAUACCAGACCGUGGUACUCCGCGGAGACAUGGACCUGGCCGCGGAGCUGUUGAACGACGUUCCCCAGGACCAGAUGAACAAGGUCGCCCGGUUCCUCGAGGGCCAGGGGUACAAGGAGAUGGCGCUUGAGGUUGCCACGGACCAAGAACACCGCUUCGAGCUGUCGCUCUCGCUCAACAACUUGGAGAUUGCCCUCGAGAUCGCCCGCGAAGCCAACGUCGAACACAAGUGGAAGAUCGUCGGUGACGCCGCGAUGGCCGGGUGGAACCUGUCUCUGGCGCAGGAAUGCUUUUCCAACGCCAAAGACCUGGGCUCGCUCCUCCUCCUGCACACCGCCAGCGGCAACAAGGACGGGCUGGCUCAGCUGGCCACACAAGCUUCCGAAGCCGGCCUGCACAACGUCGCCUUCUCCACGCUCUGGUCUCUCGGUGACGUGGACGGCAGCAUUGACCUCCUUGUGCGCACCAACCGCCUCGCAGAGGCCGUCCUCUUCGCGCAGACCUACAAGCCCUCCCGCGCCCCCGAGCUCGUCAUGCAGUGGAAGGCAUCCCUGGACCAGGCCGGCAAGUCCAAGACCUCUCGUCUGAUCGGUGUGCCGCCCGGAGCCCCCAACGCCACCGCCACGGACGACGACCUGUUCCCCGAGUGGGACGAGUACAUCCGUCUGGAGAAGGAGGGUGUCGCCCCGCAGCCCCCCUCCUCGGAGUCGCUCAUCGACGUCAACGGUGAAGACGAGGAAGGCCAGCCCGAAACGGCAGAGAACGGUGCCCCGGAGGUGGAGGCCGAGGCGUAAAGUGUCGGCAUAGAUUCGAUUCCCCCAAUUUCCCCCAAUCUUUCUCUUUCUCUCUCCUUGCGGUGGAGCGAAGCCCGUGAAUGACAAAUGUAUGGAUAAAGUGUGCCUGGACUGGACCCUGGAGUUUUUUCUCACGAGGAAGAGAAACAAAGAAAGAUCAACAAACACCCUUUGAUAUCAGCAUGUGGUAGACAUGGUAAUCUG